AUGUCUACGAUCCCCUCCGAAAUCAUCAAUUGGACCAUUUUGAAUGAAAUUAUAUCGAUGGAUGACGAUGAUUCCGAUUUUUCUAAAGGUUUAAUCAUUCAGUUCAUCGACCAGGCACAAACAACUUUCGCGCAGAUGCAACGACAGCUGGACGGUGAAAAGAAUCUUACAGAACUAGACAACCUGGGCCAUUUCCUGAAGGGUUCUUCCGCAGCUUUAGGUUUGCAAAGGAUUGCUUGGGUCUGCGAAAGAAUUCAAAAUUUGGGCAGAAAAAUGGAACAUUUUUUCCCCAAUAAGGUUGAAUUGGUCAAUACUUUAAGCGAUAGGUCGAUUAUCAACGGAAUUAAUAUUGAUGAAGACGACGAAGAAAUAAAGAUACAAGUGGGUGACAAAGAUGACGAUUCCAUAUAUCUAAUCUCGAUAGCAAAGGCUUUGAAUCAAUCUAGGUUAGAGUUCAAACUGGCGAGAAUUGAGUUAUCGAAAUACUAUAACACAAACCUAUGA